CUCUAUUGGCAAUUCAGAAAAUUCAGGAUGGGGCAAAAAAUUUCGGGACGGGUCAAAGAAUUUCGAACGUAAAAACUUGAAAAUGAAGCUCGAAGGUGGCGCACGGAGUAAGAGAGGAAAGGUAGUGAAUGGGCGUGUCAGAAUCAGUGUGAAGAGGGAAAGGAAACUCCGACAAGCUCUGCUGCAGGCGUGCCAUUACCAGUCUUAGUCAUUGGCCGAAUCACCAUGACAGGCAAUCUGGCAAGGGCGGGCUUAAAGAGAAAAGAGGGAAAAGCUAGAAAGCGCGCCAAGACCGUAUUCGCAGAGGCUUCCAAUUUGUUCAUCCCGAGAGGAACGGCAUGAAAAGAAUGAGGGUUAUUGAGCAGGAGGAUCCUGAUUAUGAAAAGUUCCAAGUUUUGUGUAACAUAUUUUAAGCUGAAACUUACUCUUCUUUCUACCUUCUGCCAAAUUAAAGAAGAAAAACCGCCGGAUUCUGUUCCUCCCGCGGUGUAUUAUUCAAUUGGUGAUGCUGGCACGACAUGCCCUCUAGUUCCACGCGAAGUAUUUUUGACCCGGAGCUAUGAACCAGUGAGGCCACAAACAGGGGACCUCAUCUCCACACUUCAUUUGUUCAAACCUUCGAGCUCAACAGUCCAGCAGAGCUCAGCGAAGGCACAAGGCUUGCGAGCUCAGUGGCCCAGCAGGGAUUUGAACCUUGGUGGCCGCUUCAACAACGAAGUGUUUUAAACAUGACACUAAAUGUCCAAAGACAUACAAAAAUUGAUUGAUGAUAUUAUCAUAGCAAAAAAAAUUGAAUUUUCUUAGAUCUUUAGCAGUAAUAUUGUUGAAAUUUACAACUCGAUUGUUAUUGGUGGAAUGAUUAGGAACAAAGAUUAGAAUUGAAGAUAUCAUCUGAAUCUUAGAGUUGUUAUUAAAGAAAUCAUUUUUUCGCUCUCUAAAAUGUAAUUCUAUAUGUGAUCCUUGUGCAUUGGAAGUAAAAUUAGACCUACCUCAUAUGAGUCUAGAUGUUUGCAAUUUGGAGAAUUAAAAUAUGCAUGUCUUUUUGACAAGAUUUGAACAUGCAUU